AUGGCUGAGUCUCAGCGCCGCCCCCGUGUCUUCUUUGACAUUCAAAUCGGUGAACAGAAGGCCGGUCGCAUUGCUCUCGAGCUGUUCAACGAUGUUGUUCCCAAGACCGCAGAGAACUUCCGUGCACUCUCCACAGGCGAGAAGGGCGUGGGCAAGCAGGGCAAGCCAUUGAGCUUCAAGGGUUCCAUCUUCCACCGUGUGAUCAAGCAGUUCAUGAUCCAGGGUGGUGACUUCACUGCAUUCAACGGCACUGGCGGCGAAUCCAUCUACGGCGAGAAGUUCCCCGACGAGAACUUCGACCUCAAGCAUGACCGGCCUUUCCUCCUCUCCAUGGCCAACUCCGGCCCCGGCACCAACGGCAGUCAGUUCUUCAUCACUACUGUCCCCACUCCUCACCUUGACGGCAAGCACGUCGUCUUCGGCGAGGUAAUCAACGGAAAGAGCGUUGUUCGCAAGAUCGAGAACAUGUCUACCCAGGCAGACAAGCCCACCACGGACGUCACCAUUGUCGACUGCGGCGAGCUCACCGGCCAAGACUACGAGGAUGCCGACAAGCAGACCCCUGAUGCAACUGGCGACCCCUACGAGGAUUUCCCCGAUGACCACCAGGGCGAGCAGCUGAGUGCUCCGGUGUGCUACAAGAUCGCCGCUGAGUUGAAGAACUUCGGAAACGCCGCCUUUAAGAGCGGCAACAUCGCCCUUGGUCUCGAAAAGUACCAGAAGGGUUUGCGCUACCUCAACGAGUUCCCCGAGCCCGACGAGCAGGACCCUAAGGAGCUUGGCCCCCAGAUGAAGGCUCUCCGCUUCACCCUCCACUCCAACUCUUCCCUCCUGGCGAACAAGCUCGGCCAAUUCAAGAACGCUCAGACUUGGGCUACUUACGCCCUCGAUGUGGCUGCUGCUGCCGAGGCCAAGGAUGCCGAUAAGGCCAAGGCGUACUACCGCCGUGCCGUUGCCCUGAGCGGCCUGAAGGAGGAGGACGAGGCCCUGAAGGACCUCCAAGAGGCCGAUCGUCUGGCCCCCGGUGAUGCUGGUAUUACCAACGAAAUCGCCAAGGUGAAGAAGGCUCUUAAGGAUCGCGUGGCUAAGGAGCGCGUUGCCGCUCAGAAAUUCUUCUCGUGA